CGUUGCACUUGAACAGUUGUAAAAUCCCUUUAGACUUCAGUACCGAAUAUAGUUUUGGCUGGUUUUGGCCGCCAUUAAUUGCUUUUUAUCUUUUUGGCCGCUGAACAGUUGCUGGGGUUGUAUCAAUCAAGUUUAGUCUUUAUAGCCAAAGUAAAGUGUGUACUUCUUCAUCGACUUAAUAAACGAAUGUUAGUGUUUUCUUGGUUUCGAAAAUCUUUUGAAUAAUUCAAAUGAAGAUGGUGGACAAGAUUGAAAUGAGCUUGGACGACAUAAUAAAGCACAAUAAAGGAGGGAAAACUCGAGGUGCUAGUGCAAGAAGAGGACGAGGUGCAGCCGGCACAUCGCCCAGACGAGGUGCUCGUGGGGCCCAAAGAACUGGAGGUAGCGUGAUGCGAGGCCGUAAUCGUGGUGGCAUAACGAGAUCAUCUGCAGGUUAUAUCCGGGGUGAUGUAAACAGUGCAUGGAAACAUGACAUGUUUGAUGGCGUUAAAAAAGUCAGUAGAGGAGCCAUCGGAAGCACAAGCAUUACUAAACUUCUCGUUUCAAACCUCGAUUUUGGUGUAUCAGAUUCUGAUAUUCAGGAAUUGUUCAGUGAAUUUGGACCAUUGAAAUCUGCAGCAGUACAUUAUGAUAGAUCAGGAAGAUCUCUUGGAUCAGCAGAUGUCAUUUUUGAGCGCCGUCCUGACGCAAUUAAAGCGAUGAAGCAAUACAAUGGAGUACCACUUGAUGGUCGUGAAAUGAAUAUCCAGGUAGCAACUUCAGAAAUUCCAGUCAGCACAGCUAUAAGAACGACAUCAAGGCCUAUUGCUGGUAAUUUUGCACAACGAUCAGCCCCAGUGAAAUUCCGAGGCACAAGAGGAGGAGCAAGCUCUCGUGGCCGUAGUGGUGUUCGACGAGGUGGACGCGGGGGCGGAGUUAAAACACAAACAAAAACUCCGACUGCUGAAGAGUUGGAUGCCGAGCUUGAGGCUUAUGUUAAAGAGGUUAAGUAACAUAAUGGAGUACUACGCGAAUGAAGUAAAGAAAAUCUCAAUAUUUGUUAUUUGAGAUUUUUCGAUUAUGUCUUAAUUUCGAUUAAAAAGCUAUAUAAAUUUUGACAAAAUACUGAUUAGUUGAAAAAUAUUAUACGAUAUAUAUUUUUCUUCUUUUUUUUUCUAAAAAAAAAUCACAUUUUUCAGAAGCAAGAGAAAUUAUUGUCAACUAGUUUAAGAUUUCAUCUGAAUACUUUUUUUUGUUAGUAUCCUCCGUUGUUUCAAAUUAUUAGAAAACGUAAAAACUCGGAAAAAAAAUAAGAAUUAUUGUAAUGUAUGAUUUCUGUAUGCUCCCAUGUGUGUGUAAAAAGUAUCUGUGCAACAAGAAAAACUAAGAAAAAAUACAAGAUCUUUCUCAAUCAUGAA